UCUACAAGGGCGGAUCCAGAGGGGGGGGGGGGGGGUCCGGACUGUUUUUGUUCUUUCGAACAAAGAUAAAGUUACCCAAUUUUCCGGAAUCAAACAUACGUGUAUCCCUUUAGUUUUACAGUGAAGAUGUAAACAUCCGGUAUACUGUAAUUUGGCAGACGACGCGACGGUAACAACCUGCACACAUUUUUUUUUUUUUUUUAUCAGGGUCCAAUAUUAAUAGCAUAGGCAUCGCGCUUGGAAAAUAAUUUACAGAACUGCAUGAGUAUCUUCUGGUGAUUUAUUACAAAUUUUGUCCUACUUUAUCGCAUACACACUAUAAACAAAACUGCAGAGCAGAAAUAAUCAUUGGCAAAUUCAUUAACAUACAUACAAGAUGGCGUGUCACGAUUUUGAUAUCGACGAUAACUCAAUCCUUUCUAGAAUUGGUGACGUAGUAUUAUCGAUUAUCCAGCAAAUCAGUGACAACAAACCCCCUGUUUUGAGCCAUUUCAACAGAUCGACAUGGCAGAAUGUAUCCUAUGACGAAAACGUAGGCCUUUGCGUUAAUGAUGCCAUGAAGAUGACGUCAGUGCGUUUUGAUUCCAAGCAGUCCAUCAAGAAGUUUACGUUGAUGAUGAAGUUGUUGUCCAUGGUGUACGGUCUUAUUCAAACUGAUCGCUAUUGCACCAAAAGGGAUUUAUAUUACCAAGACACCGUGCUAUUUGGGAACCAAACAGCUCUGGACGAUGCUUUGGAAAACGUCUCGUGUAUGCUUCACGUGCCGCGGUGGCGUCUGCAUGUCCUGGCUACUUCAAAAGGGUGCAUAGCAGGAGACUUGUCGUUCCACGAUGUGGACGGAAAUUACAUAGACUGUAGCAAGACUAAGUCUGGGAUCCAAGUACCGAGUCGUAUCGAGGGCAUGCAACAUAUUCAGACUGAUGCCAGUUUUGUUUUAGUCGUGGAGAAAGAUGCGGUUUUCCAGCGGUUGCUGGACGAGGGGUUUUGUAAAACAAUGCGACCAUGUAUAAUUAUAACAGGAAAAGGUUUUCCAGACAUGAAUACUAGAAUGCUUUUGAACAGGUUGUGGAAAGAGUUUUCCCCACGAUUUUUUAUUCUUGUUGACGCUGAUCCCUAUGGGAUAGAAAUCAUGUCCGUUUAUAAAUAUGGGUCUCGUUCAUUGUCUUUUGAGGCCCCGAUGUUGACGGUGCCGGAUAUGGAGUGGAUGGGAGUUUUACCGAGCGAUAUUCAACGCCUGCGAUUGAGAAACGACAGCCUUAUAGAACUGAAGUCCUCAGACAGAAGUAAAAUACUUGACAUUUUGGCACGACCAUACGUCUUAAAAUCACAGCUUCUUUAUAAAGAACUCAAUGUUUUGUUAGAACUUGGUAAAAAGGCCGAAAUUGAAAGUCUUGAUUCCAUAUCAACGUCUUUCCUUGCAAACGUUUACCUUCCAACCAAGCUGAGAUACAGUUUUCAUUAGAAUACCGGGUAUUUUAUGGGCGUGACAAACUGAAACAUAAUGCAGGGAUCCAGUUACAUUUCUUGUCAGAUUCUUAAUCAGAACUGUUGUUUGUGUUAUUCGUUUUAGUCGAGGGUGAAGUUUCGAGUUUUAUUUACAUGAUAAAUAAACAUCUAUAUCUUC